AUGGAAGAGUUGAAAGGCACUUGGGAAUUUAUUAAUGCAGAAAAUUUUGGUGAGCUUUUGAAAGAACUUGGUGUUAAUCAAGAAAUACGUACGUUUACAAAAGCUGAAACUUUUAAACCUCGUGUUAUAAUUAAUGAAAACGAUGGAAAAUGGUCAUUGAAAUCAGAAAAUACUUUUAAAACAACAACAGUUGAAUUUACACCGGGAAUUGAAUUCGAAGAUAUAUCACCUGAUGGACAUCAAAUCACUAUGAUUAUUUCUUUUGAAAAUGGAAAAUGGAUUCAAAAAGUACGAUAUAAAAAUGGAAAAGAAAUGUUUGUAGAACGAUGGAUUAAUGACCAAGAUCAAUUAGUAGUCAGUAUGAAAUGUGGAAAUGUUAAAGCAUCUCAACUAUACGAACGUCUUAGCUAA